AAUCAGAGGAAUGAAGUUCAAGAAAUCAAUUCAAAUACACCAGGGUGGAGGUCCUUGGACGAUGAAGAACAAAAAUCUUUGGAUCAAGAGGAAGCAGGCGAAGAAGAAGAAGUUGUAAUGAAUAUUUUGAGUAACACGUCGAAUAUUACAUGUGAUAUUGUAGAAUAUAUUGCUGGAUAUGUUGUAAGUAAGCUUAAAACUGAAAUUGUUUGUUGUGAGUGCGUGGAACUUUUGGUAGGCAACGUUUCGUGUUCUCAAAGUUUGGUUAAAUGUAAAAAUAGGGGGGGUUUAGUGCAACCGUCAAAGGCUGUAGAAAAGCUCUGUUUAAUUGCCGAGUCUGUUGUUAAGUUUAAUUUGAACAAAGGAGACAUCACUUCAAUCAAAAAUUUAACUGAAAAGAUGACGUCAUCAGUAAUGAAGAAAUGUAUAGGAAUGGAUUUGUUUCCAGGGGACCAUUUCCUUGACAAUGGCCCCGAACAAAGCCAUUAUGUAAUUCUUAUAAAGGCAAUAGCUAAGAAAUAUUUUAAGUUGAGACUACAUCAUUUUUCAAAGAAAUUCAAUGAAUCAAUACACAAAACCAAACUUAGAAAUUAUCUCUUGAAAACAGUAACGUUCAUGGGGCAAUAGUUGGUUCAUUGAAUUUUAAAGUGUUCAAGUUUUUCACUUGUAUUUCAUUUUUUGUCUUUUGUUUUGU